AUGAUCCCGUUGGACCAUGACCUCCUCGCACUCGACCUCCAUACCCUCUAUAAGGUGAAUCUUGUACCCUCUAUAAGUGCUGAAGGGCAAGGGAGUGCAGCGCAGCGAGUGGCACAGGCCAUGAGUCAACUCAUGAAGGAACAGAAGUCGCACGUGGCGCCGGUGGAGCAUCCAAGCGUGGACAUGAUGGUGCUGAUAGACAGACAGGUGGACAUGGUGACGCCAGCAUGCACUCAGCUCACAUACGAAGGGCUGCUUGAUGAGCUACUGCACGUAGCAAACGGGGCAGUGGAGGUGGAUCCUGCAGUCAUGGGGGUGACAUCCAAUGCCAGGAAGAUCAAAGUGCCUCUCAACUCCAACCCUUCAUGCGCUGCCUUGCCCUCCUCGCCUUCCUCGCCUUCCUCACCCUGCUCGCCUUCCUCCACUCACCUGUAUCUAUGCAUUGAGAAGCUGUUUCAGAAGCUUAGAGCUUUUGAGACGUCUCAUGCUUCAUCUUGCCGUCCCUCCCCGCCGUCCUCACCUUACCUAUAUCUUUGCAGUGACAAGCUGUUUCAGGACCUUAGAGGCCGCAACUUUGGAUCAGCAGCGGAGUCAUUCACGUGUCUCUGUCCCCUCUUCUCCCUUUGCUCCAUCGCUGUCUCUGCUCUCUUUGACCCUCUGUCCCCUCUGUCCCCUCUGCUCUCUCUGCUCCCCUCCUCAGCUGCUGCGAGGCAAGGCAGUGGAGAUGAAGUCAGGCUGCUGCGAGCCAAGGCAGUGGAGAUGAAGUCAGAGUAUGCCAACCUCAGGCAACGGCCGCAAAGAGACGCAUCGCCACUGCGCUCCGCUGCGCCGGGUGGCCAGGGAGCUGCCUCUGCUGCUGCUGCUGCUGCUGGUGGUGGAGAGCAGACGGUAUCAGAGCUGAAGGACUUUGUCAAGAAGCUCAACGUUCUGCCAGAGCUUACGCGCCACACCAACCUAGCGGGGCACAUCUCACAAGUCACCAACCGGCCGGCCUUUGGCGCUCUCAUCUCCACGGAGCAAGCCAUCCUGGAAGCACGCUCCAUAGACUCGUACGUGUGUGGGUGGCACAUGCUUUCACUGUUGUUCUUUUUCCUUUGGGCCUGGGAAGAAUUAUGUUCGAACACCAACCGGCCGGCCUUUGGCGCUCUCAUCUCCACGGAGCAAGCCAUCCUAGAAGCACGCUCCAUCGACUCGUACGUUCACCACUGUGUGCCCUGUGCCCUGCGCGCUGUGUGCUGCUGUGGUAUGCAAUCAACACAUGGUAGCUCUCAUCGCAUCUCCACGGAGCAGGCUAUUCUGGAAGCACGCUCCAUCGACUUGGCGUGUGAGUACAUAGAGGACGCCAUGGCACAGGGGCAUCCCAUGAGCACGGUGUUACGCCUCCUCUCCCUUGUCUCCCUCACCAAUGGCGGUAUUCCCAAGGCACGCUUCGACCAUCUCAGGCGCGAGUUCCUGCAGGCCUACGGCUUCCUUCACGUCUUUUCUCUUGACAAUUUCGAGCGCGCAGGCUUGAUCAAACGCCAGGAGGUUGACUUUGGAGUUGACUCAAAAAGUCCUCCGUGCUUCACUACUUGUGCUGUGUGCGUGCAGGAGGGCCGCAGCACAUGGGUUGCAGUGAAGCGGAGCCUGAGGCUCAUAGUGGAUGACGAUGAUGAUGCCAAGUGCGAGAGAAGGGUGGUGUUGAGUGGUGGUGUUGGGUGGUGUGUGGUGGUGUGUGACGCUGAUGAUCGUAAUUAUGACGCCAAGCGAGAGAGCGAGUGGUGGCGUGAGUUUGUAUGUGGUGAUGAUAGUGAUAGUGAUGGUGAUGGUGAUGGUGAUGGUGAUGGUGAUGGUGAUGGUGAUGAUAAGGGUGCAAGGCUCCUCACCCUCACCCUCUCAUUCGGUCACUCCUUGUUUCUACCUCACUCACUCUUCUUCCUCACCCGCCCUCCCUCGUGCCUCCCAUCCAGCCCCAGGGACAUUGCAUUCUCGUUCUCCGAUCCCAGGGACAUUGCGUUCACGUUUUCUGGCUAUGCCCCUCUAAGUGUGCGCCUCCUGCAACAGGCCAUCCAACCUGGAGGCUGUGGUUUUCUCGACAUUCCUUCCUCGUCUGCUGCUCCUCCUCUCUCUCACCACCCACCUUCAUCCCCUGACGGCACCACCCAUCGGGACGUCACCAACCGGACCCCGUCCGCCAUGCGCAGAGGGCCAUCGGAGUCGGUGCCUCGUCUGGUGGCUGCUGUAUUCCUGGGGGGCGUCACCUUCGCUGAGGUUGCUGCUCUGCGCUUCCUCUCCAUGCAGUUGUUCCUGGGGGGCGUCACCUUCGCUGAGAUCGCUGCUCUGCGCUUCCUCUCCAUGCAGGAUUCGGCAAUCACGUCGUUCCUCAUCAUCACAACCAACAUCGUCUCUGGCAACUCCCUCUUACAGCCGUUGAUUGAGACCGUCUGA